AUGGGCGCCGAUAUACUGGAAGUUGAUCACUUGAUUGUCGGAGCAGGUCCUGCUGGGGCGUCACUGGCUUGUUUUCUGGGGAAACAUGGACUGAAAGGAUUGAUCAUAAGCUCUUCUCCGUCUUCGGCGAAUACGCCUCGCGCUCAUAUCAUCAAUCAGCCUACGAUGGAAUGCAUUCGCGACUUGGAUAUGGAUAUCGAAAAUGAGUUCCUGAAGCUUGGGUACGCCGGCCCCGAGAAAGGGCUUACCCGUUGGUGCAGCACUAUGAAAGGGAGAGAAUUUGGUCGGAUUCAUUCGUGGGGCAGUGGUCCCAAGCGAGGGGGCGACUUCGAACAGCACAGCCCUUGCACGCAUCUGGAGUUCCCUCAGACCCUUGUGGAGCCAAUCCUGCUCAGAUAUGCCACUCAACAUGGAUUUCCUUGUCGCUUUAGCACUCGACUUACCCGGUUUGACACUUCAGCAUCAGACUCGGUCCUUGCGGAAGUCGAAGAUCGGAUCUACGGCAUAACCCAGAAAAUCAGGUGCAAGUAUCUUUAUGGAGCAGAUGGUGCCAAAAGCAUCGUCGCCCAACAGCUUGGACUACCAAUGUCUGUCAAACCGAGCCAAGGGAUCGCGCUGAAUGUUCUGCUUCGAGCUGAUCUGUCGGACAUAAUGAAAUCAAGAAUUGGGAAUCUGCACUACGUCAUCCAACCAGAUGCGGAGCAGCCUGACUUUGCUGCGUGGUCGAUCGUGAGAAUGGUCAAGCCAUGGUAUGAAUGGCUAGUGAUCAUGAUGUACAAGCCAACUUGUCCGGCAGAUUUCAUGCCUGAGAAAAAGCAGGUUGAGGAUCAGGCCAAGUCCGUCAUAGGUGAUGCGUCAAUACCCGUCGAAAUCCUCCGAGUAGACAAGUGGAUCAUCAAUGAGACUGUAGCAGAGUGCUACAGCAAAGGCCCAGUAUUUUGCCUGGGCGAUGCGGUGCAUCGACACCCUCCAAUGAAUGGGCUUGGAUCGAAUACCUGCAUUCAAGAUGCUGCCAACCUAGCAUGGAAGGUUGCUCUGGUCGAAAGGGGCCUCGCGGGGAGAUCCCUUCUGGACAGCUACACCGUCGAGCGGGCACCAGUAGGGGCUGGAGUGGUUGGCCGGGCGAAUUCCUCUCUUAGGGAGCAUAUACCUAUCUUUGAAUCUCUUGGGUUUCUUAAUCCGUCUUUGCGGGAACGGAAGCAACAAUUGGCCAUCCUGGACGAAGUAUCCGAACGUGGCCGACUUCGCCGUCGGCAACUCAUCAACUCGAUUGAUUAUACGUGUCACGAGUUCCUGGCGCAAGGAUCCGAUAUGGGACAGCAAUAUAAGUCAUCUGCCAUCUUUCUCGACGAUGCAGGAGAGCCUCCGAAGCCACCUUCAGAUCCGGUCUUAUAUUACGAACCCCAUACAUACCCUGGGUUGAGACUGCCACAUGCCUGGCUGAACACGAGCAUUCCACAGAAGCCGGUGUCUACAUUGGAUCUGAGCGGCAAAGGCCGAUUCACUCUCUUUACUGGCCAUGGAGGAGAAAUGUGGCGGGACGCUGCUGCCAAAGUCAAAGAAAGCCUGGGCUUGGAGGUGGCGGUGUUUGCGGUCGGCUUUGGUCUGGAAUAUGAAGCCGUCUAUAAUGACUGGUAUCAUCGCCGCGAAGUCAACGAAGACGGAUGCGUCUUGUUGAGACCAUGCCUGCUCCAUCAGAAUCUCAGCCUACCAUCAACGCGAGGACUGGUGGCAGAAUUGCCAAAAAGGGGACCCAACAUCCUGCUGCCCGUCGAAAGAGAGACCCAUAUACAACGCACGCCUGCAAUCGAUGCAAAGCCGCCAAAUGCACAGCAUUUGCCAAGCUUCCUGGUGGAAGAGCAGCAGCAAGAGGACAAUGAAGACUACAUUCACGCAUCGCUGUUAGCGCUCCUUGAGCAGCAAGGCCACAAGCUAGACCUCUUGACAGGGCAAAUGGCAAUGCUGACCGGCGCUCAAAAGCUGCCUGGCCCACCGAGUUCAAGCGAGCACGGCUUCGAGACAGCUUAUAAAAAGGCAUUGCCAUUGCUCUACAGCCAAACGAGCUCACUGUUUUGCAUAAAUGUGAUCGAUACUGGGGACCAAAGGUUCGACGGUUCCUACAAGACAACGUCACAGCCUGCCUCAUCGCCAACGUCAACGCCGUCUCCUUUCUGGAUCAUCCAGGGCGAGAUCAUUGAGGGGGAAUGGAGCGACAUGGCGGUGAGCGAUGCCUCUAAGACUUCGAGCUCAGCGUCGCAUAUGCACCUGCCUCAGAUACUCUCUCCUUCGAGCUUGAUCCACCCACUGGAAGAGCUGGACGACAACCAGAUUAUGCAAACCAUAGAGUCGUAUGGAGUUCUGGAAGGGCUUAUGUAUCCCAUUGUCGAUACGACCAACAUUAUUCGAAUAGCGGAAUGCUUCACGGAUGCUCGAGCACGUUACUCGAAUCAAAGACCACCCGAGUCCCAGACAUUAGAACUAUGCCGGAGUGAUCUGACCAUUCUAAAGCUGGUGUUAGCGACAGGGCUGCUUACAGAAGGCGAUAUGCACAAUACAAUGGCACUGAGGCUUUUCCAAAGCGUCCAUUCAGAGGUAGAGUCAAUGCUCUGGAGCGACACUGUGGACCUGAAAGAUUUGGUGUCAAUGACAUUAGUGAGCAUUUUCUAUCUACGUCGCGGAAUAUGGCGUCGCGGAUGGCGCUUCCUAGGAAACGUCACACGAAUCAUUCUAGAGCUCGGGUUGAAUCGGGAGAUUGUGCUCAUUCGCUCCUUCCCCGAUGCAUCAACUCGUACUUGUGCCAUUAACACCAUCUGGACAAUUUAUGUUCUUGAACGCCAGCUCAGCUACGGGCUGGGAGUAGCAAACGCUGCUCAAGAGCUCUGUCUCGAGCCAACAUUUCCGCGGCCUCUUGGUGCAGUCUUCUUAACAGCCAUGGUCGAGUACGCGCGGAUCGGAAAACAAGCCACUGAUGAUCUCUUCUGUGAUAGUAGAGACACGAGACAUCAGCUGCUACAUAACUGGCAAGAAAAGUACGCAUUUUUCCAAUACCAACUUGAACGGUGGACGCAAUACACGUCUAGCGACUUGGAACAUACCAGCGCCAAUGAGAAGGCGGGAGCAGCUCUCCAUCUAGUGCGCACAACCCUCUCCUUACGUGCAAACCAUCUUCGAACCCUUAUCUCCCGAGCAUUUCUCUGCACAACUCUCCGUGACGCAGCGCCGUCAGACAUUUGGACCACAUCUGUGGACGUGGCCGCAGACACAGUGCAGAUAUUGGCGGGGCUGGAUCAUUCUACAAAGGAGUACCGGUUCCACCAGGCCCUCUUCAACCAUUUCCUCAUCUCGGCUUUGGAUGUCCUGCUUUUUGCGACCACUUUCGGCUCUUCGAGACGUGGAAAUCCUUCUGCAAAUGGCAGCGAGAUAAUCAUAACGGAAGAAGCUCAUCUCAAAGCUCGACAAGGCUCCUUGGUCUCGCUGAACCUUCUUCGUACUCUGGCGGAGACCACACAUCAAUCGAAAUAUCUCUGGGAACGCAUGCGAGGAGUGACAGCUCAUCUGCAUUUGAACAAUUAUUUGUUUACUACUGCGCCAGGCUCACGUCGUGCAUCCAGUGGAAUUGCAGGCCCCGAACUCCCAGGACAAGCUGCAGCAAGUGGGCCAGCCGACAAGGCAAGUACUGAAAACUUCGCUUCAAGGGCGGAGCAAGCAAAUAAUAAGAGCGUGGGCCAAAGUGAUACCAACACUGCAGGACCGAAGCAUUCUCGCCCGAUAGAGAAUUACGCUGUCUGGGACUGGGGCGGAGGCUCGCUCCUGUCAGAGUUUGAGUUUCUGCCCGAUACAAGCUCACUUCGACUAUUCCCUUGA